AUGGUAACGCUACUCGUCAUCGCUCACUUCUUCUUGAGGUACGAGGGAGAUGAUGACAAGUUCGGCAAGUUUCUCGAAAGAUUCAGCACGACUUAUGUGCGCCAGCCGCCUAUUUGGCGCGUCUGCUAUUUGUUUUUUCCUUUGCCCACAAUUACCGAAGUUCGCGCUGAAGUCGAUAAAGGGAAAAAUCACAACGAGAGUACACUCAUCUGCGGUUCAUUCACGGUGGGGGACGGAGUAGUCUCCCUUGCAUCGAACGGAGAGUUCUCUCACGUCGACUGCACCGGACUAAACAGCGAAUGUCGUGAAGUCGAGUCGAACCGACUAUUCCACGAAGACGAUGAGACCAACAUCAAGAAAAGGUUGGCUUGGCAGGCGGCGCUGGCAGAAAUGAAGUCUGUUUGUGAAGACCCGAUGAUGUUCCGGGUGGAAAUUAUUAGAAGGGCUGCUCCAUUUCCAUUACCAUCCGCACCAAACUGGCCGAUUAUACGAAAGCGCAGCGAGCCGCACUGGCGGUAUUUGUUCGAGGAGGCGUACCACCGCGAACGCGAAAUCAAUCAGGAAAUCGAAAGGAGAGAAUACCUAAAGACGAUUUCGAACGAAACCAUGGAGAGCACGGACGCAGACCUCGACUACGAGCUCGCCAAUAGCGCAGCAGUCAUGAGCUGCUUCGUGGACGAGGUGGAUAAGCUAUGCGGUUCACAAACGUGGUCUACCUGGGCAAAGACACGUGAGUCGCUGGAGGAAUAUGCCUGCGAGCAAACGGAUCAUGGGGAACAACCGGGCCAGAUCGGAGCGGAAAAAGAAUUAUGUGCAGCAGCGGAAGCCUGCAUACUGCAGCAGCUAGUGAGGAGCGUAGUGAAGUCAUGGUUCAUGCAGGUGUUACUCGAGGAGACCGAUAGGCCUGAUCUUAGUCAGAAGCUCUGUAUCGAUUGGGUGGCGAUGGCCAUCCACCUGACUAAUAAACGAGCUGAUUUACUAGCGUGGAUCCUUCUGAGAUUGUACGCGGGCAGACAACCAGAAUUGGUGGAGAGACUGUCAAGAAACGCAUCACCUGACGCGCAAAAAACGCAACUGUGGCAAACGUAUCUGCAGCAGCUGGGUUAUAACAUGGAUCUAUUAUACAGUCGUGAAGAUGCGAUUCCGCUGUUGCUAGCGCCGUUCAAGUUUAGUUUGACGUACCUAUACGAUGUGCUUCUUAUGCCGGAGGCAAUGGAAACUAAUAUCAAUAGGGCAAUGAACAGCUUCGCGUUCACUCUCAUGAAUCGAAGGAAAUGUGAGGAAGAUGACUUAUAUUCAAAUGGCAAGCACCACUCGGCGAGUUCAAGCUUCCCAAUAGUUGACAAUGAGCCUUCAACGCUGGAAACACAGAUGCUGCUAACACCAAACGCACACACACAAAUGCACGGAACUACAAAGUUAUAUGAAUAUGAACGUUGGCAACUGUGA